UGGAUCUUCUUCAGAUGUUGGAAAUGAACAUGACCAUCGCCUUCCCAGCAGCCCCACUGCUCACUGUUAUCCUGGCCCUCGUCGGUAUGGAGGCCAUCAUGUCGGAGUUCUUCAAUGACACGACGACGGCCUUCUACAUCAUCCUCAUCGUCUGGUUGGCUGACCAGUACGACGCGAUCUGCUGCCACACCAACACCAGCAAACGCCACUGGCUUAGGUUCUUCUAUCUCUACCACUUUGCCUUCUAUGCGUAUCACUACCGCUUCAAUGGCCAGUACAGCAGUCUGGCCCUGGUCACCUCCUGGCUCUUCAUCCAGCACUCCAUGAUCUACUUCUUCCACCACUACGAACUCCCUGCCAUCCUGCAGCAGAUCCGGAUCCAGGAGAUGCUGCUCCAGAACCAGCAGGCGGGUCAGGCCAACCAGACGGCCCUACAGGACAACCUCAACAACAACCACAGUGCCCCUGCCACAGGACCAGGACCUGCCAACCCCCCCCAACCAGGACCCAACAGCACACAGCCAGGGCCUCACUCCGACCCCCAGCCCUCCUCGUCCUCCUCUCCAGCAGCAGCAGCAGGGGGUGCAGGAGGUGCAGGGGAGGUGAGGUCAGAGCUGAACUGGGUUGCUCAGACGGCUGCCAUCAUCACUGAAGCUCUGUCCUCGUCCAACCAGCUUCCCUCCACCAACAACUCCACCGACGGCGGAGGAGGAGGAGGAGGAGCAGAGGUCAGUGUGGUGGCUGAGUUCUGGAUGGGAGGAGCAGCAGGAGGCGGAGGAGGAGGAGGAGCAGCAACAGGAGGAGGAGCAGCAGAAAGUGAGGAGGAUCAGAACGUGGUUUCAGUAGAAAUUAAAACCACAGCAGGAGGAGCCGAUCCUCCUCCAGUCAGAGGGCUCCAGCCGGAGGAGGUGGGGCCCUCGGAGGCCACUGCCCCCCCACAGACAGACUGCCCCCCCUCACAGAGUCCAGCUACAGACUGGGACUGCAGAGAACCGCAGACCCCGUCCUGAGAGUUCAGGUGUGGUCCUGCUGACAUCAUCUCACCUGUCUGACCCGGUGCCUCAGUCUGUCAGCUGAUCAGGGUGAUCCAGUAGUCCUUGAUCAGUGAUCAGCUGAUCAUGGUGAUCCAGUAGUCAUUGAUCAGUUGGUUUGAAACCAGUAUCUGAUUGAUCGAUUAGAGGUCACAUCUGAAACAGAAUUUAUUUCAGGACCAUAAAGUCUCAGAAAGUUCCAGGAUCAGAUCAGAACAUAAAGUUAUCUUCACAGUAAGAGUGAACAGGUUAUUGAUUAUCUUCUAUAAUAUCAGUUUUGUCCAUCCACAGAUAUAAAUUAACCUCUCUAUCUCCCCCUGGUGGCUGACUGCAGUAUAGUCUCUCUAUCUCCCCCUGGUGGCUGACUGCAGUAUAGACUCUCUCUCUCUCUCUCUUCUCUCUCUCUCUCUCUCUCUCUCUCUCUCUGUCUCCCCCUGGUGGCUGACUGCAGUAUAGACUCUCUCUCUGUCUCCCCCUGGUGGCUGACUGCUGUUUGUUCCUCUUUAUCAUCAGUUUGGUUUUGGUUCGGCGUAUGGGCGGGACCUCGAUACGGUGGCGCCAGCCCUGAUCGCUACUGCACAGGCUCCGAAUGGAGAAAGAUGGCAGUGGAUGUAUCCAGAUAUUCUGGUUCAUUAGCACUGUGGGAGGAAGUGGAGAUGGACAUCUUUAUCUGUGGAUGGUUGGAAACUAAACACUAAAAUAAGUGACAUCUUCAGGGUUGGGUUGCACCAGUGGAGCUUAAUAAUGAUGCCUCGUUGACUUCUGGGUAAAUAAGAUAUCAGUGGUUGGCGUUUGUGUGCUGGUUUAAUGUUAGUCUGAAUGAUCUCCAGCACAAACACUGAGGAGGACAGUGAGUUUACUGAGAUCAGUACUCUGUUGUACCGGCUGUUACUGUGGGAAACAAACUGAAACUACAAACAGCUCCAGUCUGUAUCUCAGAUUUAUAUGUUGGGAAGGUUAUAAGCUAAAAAUACUAAUAAUUCUUCUCAGAUGCUUCAAACGGAAGUUUUUAAACAGUAAGCUGUAGAAAGUAUAUAAUACACACAUACACACACAUAUAUACACACAUACACAUAUACACACAUACAUAUACACACAUAUACACACAUAACCACAUACAUAUACACACAUAUACACAUAUACGCAUACACACAUAUAUACACAUACACACAUAUUUACACACAUAUACACAUAUAUGCACAUACACACUUAUACACAUAUCUCUCUCUCUGUCUCUCUCUCUGUCUGUCUCUCUCCUGUCUGUAAGAUAUUGAUCUUUUAAACACUGAAUCAGUGAUUCCCCAGAAAGAGAUUUAACCCCAGGAACAGAUCUGUGUUGACCCUGAGGAUCAGCUUUGGAUGAUUUAUUGAUCAGUGACUGGAUUGAUCGGCCCUGAUUCUGACAGACUGAAGCACAAACUUUGAACUGUGUUGAUUUCUGUUUCCAUCUGCUUUUAUUUUGAAGAAAAAGACUCUUUGAGAACAGGAAGUGUGGUGGUCGAUCAGGAGUUCCUGUCAGAACGGAUGCCUUAUCAAUAAUCCUCAGACUGUCUGCGGUCACUCCAGAGGCGUCAGCAGUGGAGCGAAGCUGAUUGGUUGUGCAAUAUGACAGCGGCGGUGUAACGCCUCAGGCUCCGCCUCCCAUGGGAGAGCUUGGCCUGUCACUGUGAUUCAGGUGCUCCUCGUCAGCUCAUUAACUUCAGAUCUGUCUGCUGACCUGAGGUCUUUUUCCUGCUGUUGUAUCAAUCAGUUGAUCAUUUACUGAUCAAUCUGCAUAUCAGUUAUUAAAUAGCCAACAUGAUGUUAUAUAAAUAUAUAUAUAUAUAUAUUUAGCACUUUGAGAUUCUUUUAUGAAAAGUGCUUUACAAAUAAAAUGUAUUAUUAUUAUUAUUAUUAUUAUAUGGAAACCCUGAAAGGCAAAUUUUGUUUUCUUUUGUUAGGAUUUUUAAGGUUAAAGAAAUUGUGGUUUUUUUUUCAACUACAGAAGCCCUGAGAUGACUUUUUCUUCCCUUCAUUUUUCUGUUUUUAAUUUUUUUGUCUCUGAAAACAGAAAUCAUUUCACCCAUAGAGGCCCUGCUAGGCAAACUUUAAUUUCAAAGGCAGAAAGGUGCGUUCAGGUGCACCAGGAGAUUUCUUAGACAAAUGAUAAUGAGAAAAAAGUAAAUUGGCCUUUCAGGGCGUCCGUAGAAUUCAGUACAAACAGAAAAACAAACGCUAAACGAAACAAAAACAGCUCACGGACAACCUCGUUAAUAAUCCUCGAAUAUAAUAUUUUCAACAAUAAUAAUAGAAAUAUGUCCUCAUUUCCAGGUUCAGUCACUCACAAUCCAAACAUAUUAAAUGUUCCAGGAUGUGUUCAAUUAGUUAUUGAUUCAUUUAAAGCAUAUUGAUCGCUGGACCUGAGUCAGACUUUGUUAAUCCUGCGAGAGACCAUUAACACCAGUUGAGCACUGAUGAGUCACUUGAACGCACCGUCAGCAGGUGAUCAGCAGCUCUACAGCUGCAAGGGGAGGCGGAGCCUGAAGUAUGACAUCAGCAUCAUUUUGGGGGGUUUGUUUGUUUUUUUCUUCUUCGUGCCUCUCUGCUGGAUGACUGUAGCCUCAUUAGUCGAUCUGAAACUCAUCAAACUGUAUUUAACUGUAAAACCAGUAAAACCAGUGCACAACAAGCUGUUUGCACACAAGCUGUGUGAAUGUCUGAUCAUUUGUGUUUGUCAGUUUAUUAGUCACAGUCUGAACAGUGGAAACAGGAUCAAUAAAACUGCAUCUUCACAAUAAAGUCCAAAACUUUCAAAAUAAAA